AUAAAUGGAAUCACAGCUGUGAUUUGCAGCACUGGUCUGAUCGGACGCUGCACAACACUGCUCACGCACACACUCUUUUCGAGAGAACGCGCAAUUUAGCAAAUUUUUGUUUUGUUUUGUUAUACCCUAUGUAUUGUUAAUUAUCUUGUUUAAAGUUACCUUAGCAUGGGUUUCUUGGCGGACUUGAUGGCGCACGAUGGCCAAAUAGCCUUUGAAAAGUGCGGUGAUGUGGUGGUGUCGCCCAAAGACAACCAGAUAGCAUUGUUUUGCCACUUUUGCAAGGAUCUCAUUACACAUCUGCCGCAGUUCCUGCGACACCUUCAUGAGGCCCACGGCGAUGUGCUACAUUUUACCCAGGAGCACAAUGUCUACAGCGUGGAAGAGCUGCUUUCCGGCGAGGAAGCAGAAAAAGAUCAGGAUGCCGAGGAGGACGAAAAUAACAGCCAAGGCGGGGACUGUGAAAUGCCACAAGUGGCGGAGGAACCAGUUAAAUGUGAAGAAUUGAAAAACACUCCAGAAAUAGAUCUUCCAGAUGAAAUGGAGGCAGACUCCCCCGGUUCCACCAGGGAUGUCCUGGCAGAAGUAGAGGCCAUGUUGUUGGCGGACGAGGAAGACGAAGAGAAUCAGCAGGAGUCUCAACAGGAUGUGGCCAUUAAAGCCUACCUUAAGGGCUGCCAGGGAAUGCAGACAAAGAGGGAAGUCACUAAGGAACCCAGUAUUCCCGAAACCGAUCCACAAAACCAAAGAUUCAAAGGCGGACGCAACAGGAAGGAAGUAGGUCUAAAGAUUUCCCGCCUGAAGAGUCAUGCCAUUGCCAGGCAGUCUAGAAAACGAAUGAGCAGCGUCAAGAAUCGCAUUCUGUGCGCCAUUGACAACUUUGGGCCAAAGAAGCAAAUUCCGGACGAUCAGGAGAAGUCUAUGCAAUUGGCCCCAAUGCGAGCUAGGGUACCGCUUUCCAAGACUCCUUCUAGACCUCCCAUGAACGCGAGCCAUCUUAGUGUGAGGAAAUCUACUCUAACGACGGCCAGAAUCUCCCUUCAGAUGACAACCACCACCACCACAUCGUCGGAAACAGUUGUUUCCUGUUCAAACGAAGUAGAAACUUCAUAUCAGGCAAAUGAAGAGGAAGCCCCCUGCAAGGAGAAUGAAAUCCUUAAUUUACCGAAUUUAAGUGGGACCCAAGAUACCCGUAAACUCUCACCCAUUAAAAUACGAAAAAUUGAAAUUCUUCCAAACCUCAAUAAACAAUAUGAGAGUUCGAAUAACGCAGGGAAUUCAGACGAUAUUGACAUAGAAAAAGAGCUUGCAGUGCUGCUUGGGUCGUCCAAGAACAAAGAGAGUCCAUCUAAGGUGAUGAAUUCAAGAACUAAAGUCCAAAAAGUCAACAAAAAUAUCAAGAGUUGUAUUACAAAUCGAACUCAGUUGAAGACUACAAAUGUGGAAAACAAAUUAGAAAUACUCCUCGCUGGGAUAGAUUCAUUAAAAACGGCACCAACAAAUCCAGCCUCGAACACGCCUUCCACAUCGGCUAAUGCAAAAGAAACCAUCGAAGUGCUAAUUGACAAUUGUACUCUCUUGAAAUAUGUUGGGCUGCCUGUAAUCCACAACCCCAGCUAUGAGGACAAUAUCAUGUUGGACGAGUUGGAAGAUUUACGCGCAAAGGCGGUCAAGUUUUGUAAAAUCUUUAGAAAUUACGAAGGAAUUUGGAGCUGCCGAAGAGUCAAGUCAAUGGGAAAUGAUACCCAGCAGUUACCUGCUCUAAUACAAUUAUUAACCCAAGAGGUAAAUGCCGUCCUGAAGUGUCAUUUGUCCGAGACCGACAUGAAGCGCAUACUAAAUCUAAUCUCAUUAUGGUUUCGGCGAACUGUUGAACUUAAGCACUUCAAGAAGCUCACACUUUCGCCCAGCACUCAGCACUAUUUCAAUUUAUUUUCCUUCAUACCGCAAGUCACUCGAUUUCUAUUAUUCUGUGAAUAUUGCAACGACUGCUUCCCCCUGGAGCCAGCCUACAGAAAGCACUUGAUGUCUCACUCGUUUACAAUUCGAUGCCAUAUAUGUCGCAGAGCCUUCAAGGGACAUGGCUUUCUCGACAAGCACUUGAGGGCAUGCCAUGGCGUCUAGGAAUUAAGUAUUAAUUGUAAAUUUGUAACUGAUUUAAAAGAUAAGUUCAUUAUUGUUGACAGAGUCUCUGCUUCGUUCUCCAUUCAAGUUGAGAGUCAAGUUCAUGAAACAGCCUAGUUAAGUUGUAUUUUACCUUAUUCCUUACUUAAAAUUAUAGGUUUCAUUUCAUUUCAAUGAACACCUACAGAUCCUUCAAGGGACAUUGAUACCUUGACAAGUCUAGGAAUAUAAUUAAAUUGUAAAUUGUAUCUUAUUUAUAAGAUAAGCUCAUUACUAUAGGCUUCUGCUUCGUUCUCUAUUUAAACCGAGAGCCAAGUUCAUGAACAGCCGAAUUACUUUGUAUUUUUUUCAUCUAAUUCCUUACUUGAACGUUUUGUUUAACUUUAUUUCAUUAAACACCAUCACUCUCUGUAUUAUUAUCAACAA